AUGUAUGUUGUGAUAGUCACGUCGGUCUUCACGGGGCUGGCGCUUUAUGUUGUCGCCCUCCGGCUAUACACUCGGUUCUAUCUAGUGAAGGCUCCUGGGCUGGAUGAUUUGAUUAUAUUAUGUGCAUUGCUCGUCGAUGUGUCAUUCUAUUCCUUUAUACUUCUUGAAAAAUCAUAUGGCCUCGGCCUCCGCUCAACAGAACUCUCCGAACAUGACAUCCAACACCAACUAUUUUGGCUAUGGCUUUCGAUCCCUUUCUACAAUAUGACCAUGAUCUUCGCCAAGCUCUCCGCACUAAUACUCUACGCCCGCCUCUUCCGUCCCCGUACCUUCCUCAUAGUUAACUACAUCUCAAUGGGCUUCCUCAUCAUCGCAGGUCUAUGGACGAUCCUGAGCGGCUUUUUCUUCUGUGUUCCUGUCCGCGCCUUCUGGGAUCCAUCCGAAGAAGUCCGCCUAGACAAAUGUCUACCCGUCGUCCCGGUCUGGUUCACCAAUGCGGCACUCCAGACUUCUACCGAUCUGCUGAUAUUGGUUUUGCCCUUGCCCCUGUUGUGGAAGUUACAGCUACCGAAAAGACAAAAGUGGGGGAUACUUGUUGUCUUUAGUCUUGGAAUCUUUAUUGUUGGCGUCAGUGCCGCUCGCUUGUAUCCAUUGAGCAUUAUGGUUGGCGAUGGAGAUUUUAUGGAAGCAAAUGCCGAAGCAGCCCUCUGGUCCUCCCUCGAAGCAAACGUAUCCAUCAUCUGCAUCUGUCUGCCACCACUCCACCCACUCCUCUCCCGCGCCUUCUCAUUCUUCUGGCUUCCUCGGCCAAUAAAUUCACGACGACCCUCAAAGACUUACUCCAAUAGAACGCAGAUGACCGAGCCUCUCAACCGGGAUGGCGGUAUCUGGUGCAACGAACUCUUCAGUCCCGGACCGACGAGUUACUCUGCUAGUAUUUCCAAGGUCGAUACCAAUGAAGAAGCACACGAAAAUGAGGAGGGCAUUCGUGUUAAGCGGGAGUUGAGGAUGCAGUCUGAGAAUAUUGUUACUCCUUCUCGACGUCUUUCUGCGAAUGGUGCCCCUCUAGAUAUGGAGAUGGGGGAGGGGGCGGCGGCGGCGAUGAGUCAUCCUGCGCCUGAGAAUCCAUACUCCAUUUCUAGUGUUGAGAGGGAUUUCGGAGAUUUCGAGUUCCCGGACUAUAAGGAGAGAAUGAAUGCUCCUAUUUGA